AUGUCAAGUCAUAUCUUCCCAUUUGUGUUUCCUGCGGCCAUUCAAAAAGCAUACGAAGCUGGACUUUACACGGAUCUGAAAAUCAUUUGCGGCAACAGCGAAUUUAUGGUCCAUAAGAUCAUCGUCUGCUCUCAAUCAAAGGUCUUCCAUGCAACUUGCUCAAACGGCUUUAUGGAGUCCUCAACAAAUACCAUUGAUCUCACCGCCGACGGUUUUUCUCUCGUGUCGAGGAUGAUACACUGCCUUUACCACGGCACCUACGCAGACUUCGAUGCGAUAGAGGAUGCUCAGGACUGGAAAUCUGGCUAUCAACUCCAUGCCGGGAUGUAUGCACUCGGGGACAAGUACGACCUCUCUGUACUCAAGGACACAGCGCUCGUGAACUUCAAGCUCGCCACCAAGGCCAAGCCCAAGGACCGACUAGGGCUGGUAGAGAGUAUCCCCAUUGUCUACUCAUCAACGCCUGACUCUGAUCGGAAUCUGCGAGAUGCGGCCCUGGUGAAGUUCAAAACGCAUCCUUCCCACUUCCUUCACGACGACGUGAAGGCGUCAUUUCAAAAGGUGUUGCUCGAGGUUCCGGAGUUUAGCUGGGACUUACACCAAUACUGGAUGAGUGUCGCGUGA